CAUAACUUUUAUCGUUUUGAGUGCACCUGUUGCGUGUUGUGCUGAUGGUUGACGAUGACAAGCUUCUCCUACUAGCACGGCGCAAUCUCUUCUAGUAGGAAAAAAUUUAUAGAGUCUACUGAUUUGCUGGUGCAAUCAUUCACGGCUCAGCAAGAAAGACUCUUCUACCAAAACGUCGAAAGGGAUGUCUGCAAUAUGCCGGGCGGGUGUAGUUCGCUGCAAAUGCAAUCGCGUAAAAGAUGGGGAUGCCGUUGCGGGUGUAGUCCCCUGCUUGUCCCCAACAUGUGAAGUAGAUGAUCGAACUCCUGCUGGGCGGAAUGCCUUCACCCAAACGAAGAAAAAUGACUUCGAUACUAUUCAAGGAGGUACUCUCCCCGGUUCAAAAACCUCGUCAACGGCCGACACUUCGCCGCCCAUUUUCGAUCUUUCUGACGUGCGGAAGAAGGGUGAUUCUACUGGAGCAGGAGGUGCCUCCCCUGGUGUGGGCGAACUAAUAGGAGAUCUUAAUCUUCAUCAUCCAAGCAUCUGUAGUAAGGACAAAAAUUCAAUCAGGCAGCAGUGCCUUUCAUUCCUUCAACAGAACAGCUACGUGCUCCUGCGAGUGACGGACCCAGAAGCUUCUGCCGCACUUUUCACCGAUAUGAAAGCCUCAGGUUGGAAAUCCUCAAAGUGAGAAUAAUUUGUAAUGCAAAGAAACGACUCCAGUUGGAACACCAUUUCUAGUCGGCGCAUGACAAAUUUUCCGGGCACUCAAACCUACGUGUCUGUCAUGCUAGUUAGGCAAAGCGGUGCCCUUCUCUCAUGCUAGUCAGCAGCCCAAUUCUGAACCCGUGGAAGCACAAUAGUCGACCUGCAUUUCUCUGCAAUACAGUCUUUCUGGUGUCGCAUUUCAUGCAUCACAAAUGAUUUUCACUUUGAGAAUUUCCAUUCUGAGGCCUUCAUAACCGAACUGCGCAACCUACAAGGCUACUUUGAGGAAGAAGUUGGCGACAGCAAUAAGGAUGACCACGUCACGCCAAGAAGGCGACUGGACAACGAUGCGCACGGCCGUGCGACCGCCGCGCCGCCGUCAAGAGCUUCUCUCAAUGAUGAACCCUCAACAAGAACUACUGCACUGACUGCAAAACCGUCUACUUCUAUGAAAAAGUGGAGCAAUCUUGUGAAGUGCGGUUACACCAAACGGCACAACGCGGAUUUCCUUGAUCUGAAAAACACUCCGCUUGGCAUCCGGCCGAAGUUGCAGCACGCGUUGGGAAGUUUUUCCUACAAUUUUUUGCGCGAUUUGGCGACCGAGGCGCUGGAUUGGAUCUUUGAAUUCUGCGCGGCCAGCACGUUGGAGCAGCAAGAGAGUUGUCUACUUCAAGUACGGGAAAUAACUACAAGUAAAGGGAGCUGUUGUUGUGCUGCGUCUCUGUCAGCAUGCGAGAAGGCGUUGUCUGAAUCUAAUUCAAGUAGUGGGAAAAACGCGGACCACGCGACCAGGAGAAUAAAUUGCUUCACAGAGCUUCUUAUCCAGUGCAAAUGUAUCGCACUCGUAUAAAUGCAAGUCUUGCAACAUGACAAAUCUUGUUCCCAAGGCAAAUCAGCAUUACAAAUCUUAUUUCUCAUGGAGGUGAGGGAAUUUCAAUUUGUAAUGCAUUUAUACGAGUAGGAGUACGAUAGAUACUUUUGCAGUUCAUACUUCUGUGCGAUGAAAAAGACGAGGACAGCUUUUCCGUUUCUGCGUCCGUGCUGCGAUGCUCAAGGUACGAGCCCCGAGUUUGUCAUGCCGAGCAGGUGGAAACGAGAAAUGAAGACGAGCCAGCGCCUGUAGUAGAAAGUAGAUACGAUAAAAAUGUGGAAGCACAAGAAGCAGCUGCAGCACCUUGUUCUAAAACUUCCGCGCUUUCAUCCGGUGUUUCGUUCCCCGCCCAUACCGACGCGACCUUUUUGACCUUGUCUUUGGCCAGGAGGGGGUUGGAGUUGCUACUACCUGCUGGUUAUGAAUUGCAAAAGUAUCGCACUCGUAUAAAUGCAUUACAAAUUUCCUCAGCAUGAGAAAGAAAAUUUGUAAUGCAGAUUUGCCUUGGGAACAAGAUUCGUAAUGCACUACUUGCAUUUAUACGAGUACGAUACUUUUGCACAGGAUAGUGGUGGUGAGGACCACGAGAGAACAAGGAGCUCUGCAACCACUUCGGAAAACGAAGCGGAACUAGGAGAAAAAUCCUGGGUAAAAAUUCAGGAUUUAUUGGUCGGCACGGACUUCCGUGGAGCUCAAGGUCAAGCUGACAGCUCCAAGAGCAUUAUCCUUACCCUCUGGAUCGGUGAUUAUCUGGAGCUUUUCACCAACAAAAUCUUCACCGCGUUGCCGCAUCGGAUAAACUUCGAGUUUGAUUAUAAAGACGCAACAGGCUGCAGUGGCAGUGAGUCCGAAAGUUAUAAUUUUCAGCAUCGCCACAAUAUCACCUUUCUCCUGCGGCCCGAUGAGGGGAAGAGUGUGGAGACUUUGAACUUUUUUCGAAGUAAUUUUCGUACAACAGCGGAGAAGCUGCAAACUUCUGAUGCUGCCAAAAAGAACAGCGAAAGCGAAUCCAGAAUAUUGAUUCGCGAACUCCGUCAGAUUCUCGACCAGAGAGGGAAGUUGAAACAGUUUCCACCAUGAGGUUUUUCUACCAAGUAGGCCUAAGGAUCGAUGAAAUGCAAAAUGAAGCAAGCCAUUCUGCAGCCACGAAACU